UUCGCUAUGUGUCCGCCGCCGCCAUUGUGCGGCGCUAGUCCGCUGGAAAGGUUCAGGCUGCGGCCGAUUCCUUGGCCUCUCACCCCUACCCGGCGGGUCCGGGACUCCUGUCCGUGUCGGUGCGGGCGCCGGCAUGUGGCUGUGGGAGGAGCAGGGGGGCCUCCUGGGCCCUUUCUCCUUUCUGUUGGUGCUUCUCCUGGUGGUGACGCGCAGCCCCUUCAAUGCCUGCCUCCUCACCGGCAGCCUCUACUUGCUGCUGCGCCUCUUCAGCUUUGAGCAAGUGCCCUCCCGCAGGGUCCUGCAGGUGCUCAAGCCCGGGGACCGCAUUUCGGCCAUCGCCCAUCGCGGCGGCAGCCACGACGCGCCCGAGAACACACUGGCGGCCAUUCGGCAGGCAGCUAAGAAUGGAGCAACAGGUGUGGAGUUGGACAUCGAGUUUACCUCUGACGGCAUUCCUGUCUUAAUGCACGAUAACACAGUAGACAGGACAACAGAUGGAACUGGUCGGUUGUGUGAUUUGACAUUUGAACAAGUUAGGAAACUUAAUCCUGCAGCAAAUCACAGACUCAGGAAUGAUUUCCCCGACGAGAAGAUCCCUACCCUAAGGGAAGCCGUCACAGAGUGCCUCAGCCAUAACCUCACCAUCUUUUUUGAUGUCAAAGGCCACGCAAAUAUGGCAACUCAUGCUCUCAAGAAGCUAUAUAUGGAAUUUCCGCAACUGUAUAAUAAUAGUAUGGUGUGUUCAUUCUUGCCAGAAGUUAUCUAUAAGAUGAGACAAAUCGAUCAGGAUGUAAUAACAGCCCUAACUCAUAGACCUUGGAGCCUGAGCCAUACAGGAGAUGGGAAACCCCGCUAUAAUACUUUCUGGAGGCACUCCAUGUUUGUGAUAAUGGACAUUUUGCUCGAUUGGAGCAUGCAUAAUAUCUUGUGGUACCUGUGUGGAAUUUCCGCUUUCCUUAUGCAGAAGGAUUUCGUAUCCCCGGACUACCUGAAGAAGUGGUCAGCUAAAGGAGUCUACGUUGUUGGUUGGACUGUCAAUACCUUUGAUGAGAAAAGUUACUAUGAAUCCCAUCUUGGUUCCAGUUACAUCACAGACAGCAUGUUGGAAGACUGUGAACCUCAUUUCUAGACUUUUGCCCUGGGGAGGAGACACAGGUUCAGAAACUGCCCAUUGGCCUCAUGCGGGGAUAUCAAAGUACCUUUUGUGCUAGUCCAGGCCUGGGUGGGGGAUCAGUGGCUCACAAGCAAUAGCCAGUAAUUGCAUUCUUAUCUGAAUAAACCAAAAGCAGGUAUUGCUGCCAGGCUGCAUAGAAUGCCCGAGUUCAUCAGUGUUGCUCUUGAAAAUCUGGCUCUGAAUAAAGGCAUUCCAGCCCCUACUUAUUCAGCCUCAGCAGCACCAAGACCCAGUGAGGCAAAGCACAGUUAGUUGUGCAGUUGGGGGAUGCAGAUGCAAAUGCAUGAGACUUGCAUGAUCAUUUGGAAUUGACAUUUUAAAACUUACCAGACUUAAGCAGUGUACUUAUUUCAGUCAUUUGUAUUCAUCUCUAUUAACAGUGUACUAUAGGUGUCAAACUUGUGACCACACUAACAAAAUCAUUAAAAGGAGCGAGAAAGGAAAAUGCAUACCAGGCCCCAUGCCCUUAAAGCUCCCUAAAUUUGGGAAGGUGCAUUGUGCAACGCAGUGAGGCCUUGGUGUGCAGCAACACAAGAGGAGGGAAGUGUGACACCAAGUGGAGGAAUUAUUGACAGUGUCUUGAAGCAAGCACCACAAACCACCAGGUGACAGAGGUGCACUUAGGUUUAUUAGGAAGCUUUAUAGCACAGGUUCGCAUACAGUUAGAAGUGGGAGAAACUUCCAAGAACUCAGUUUAUCCUCAUUUUACAGAUUAGACUACAGGAAGUUGUGGUCAAAGAGUGGCAGCCUCCAGAACCACACAAGUGGUGAUACAGCAGGCCUUCAUGUCGUAAUAGCUACUUGUUUGCUGUAACCCAGGAACUGUGCAAGGGCGUAGCAUGAUCUUAUUCAACCUGAUGAGGAAGCCGAGGCUGUGCAGAAUUGCAGUCACUUACCUGGGGACUUAGAGUCCAUAGUACAGUUGUGCUCAAAUCCACCUGGGCCUGACUUAGAGUUACCAUUCUUUACUACACACCAUAUCUGUACCACUUUCCCACACAAACAUCCAAGGCUUUGUUGUGAACUUAAGUAGCAAUGUUUAAAAUGAAAUUGAAUUAUUUAAAAAUGGCAAAUCUGUAUGCCUCCUCUAGUUAGCCCCAUCCUACCUUGUAGUCCUAUUGGUGGCAUUUGUUACAGGCCCACACUGAGCUCUGACUUUGCCCUCUCAUUGCCUGGAUGGCUCCUCAGCCUCACUGCUGUAUCAGCCAGGCAGGGGGAGCUUUGGAAGACCACUCCAUAUGACCAGGUGGUAGAGACACAUGCUGAUUUGUGUUUCUGUAUGUGUCAGAGUAUGAUAGAUAAAGCUUGGCAUAUUUUUAAAUCAAUGUUUAUAAAAGAAAUGUUCUUGUCUGUCUUUUGGUGCUAGGUAUUUAUUGAACCCAGAGCCUUGUUUAUAAUAAGCAACAUGCUCUCUCACAUGGCUGCACUCCAACCCCCUAAAGAAAUUUCCUUGAAUUUAAAAAUUAAGUUUAUUAAGUGGAGCAAAUGUCCAUGCAUGUGCUGCUAUGCCAUAUUAUGACUAAAGUGAAAAGAAGAAAAAGAUAACCAAGGAAAACAUCUGACAACAGAAUUUUUCCCUGGGUCCUUCCUGAGACUGCACAGCACAUGAUAGCCCAGGAUGGUCCUUGGAGACAGAACAGAGUUAAUUAGAGCCCUUCUGUUGAGAGAAGGCCGAUGGAGAGCCAGGCGUUUUCUGCCUAAUGACCUCCAUUCCAAGCAUCCUUUCCUGUUGAUUGAACUAGGCCCAAAUAAGGACUUAGGGUAAAAAAAAAAAAAAAUUUAAAAAGGUAUCAGUAAACACUAUAAGCUUACUUAAAAGGCUUACUAUAGGGUUAAAAAUAUUGUGGACCUAUGAGUUUUAACAACAGUUGCAGGCUUUGUGAAUCAUUUGGCAAUUCUGCAAAACAGUAUACACAUAACUCAUUUCACAUGCACAGUUCCAUUCCACACAUCACCAUUGCUUCAUGUUUGGUUCAGUGUAAGACUUUGUUGUUGGUUAUGUAUAAAACUUCAUAGGGACACAGUCCCACCCUGGUCUAGCCCCAAAGACUCCUGUACUUCAUAUGCAAUAAACAGAUAAGACCUCUGA